CGGGGCGCGUCACGAAACAUCUACAAUACCUCUUCCACUCGUCGAACGCGGCUGCUGCCUGUUGCCAGCACAGUCAUUGAAAUGGAGUGUGAUGCUCUCCCACCGCCAAAGCACAGCACUAUGUUACCAUACUCGCCCUGCAAUCCAGCGGUGCUCGUCUCCAAUGGCGGCUUGUGUGUCCGGUCCUGCUCGCCUUCCCACGCGCCGUGACCAGAGCAAGACACGAUGCUACAACAUCACAUGUAACUACUCUUUGUCCCCGAUACACACCUCUGUUUUCCGCUCGACGAGACCUGGUCCUUCGCCCCGCCGUGCACCUGCCCGACACCAUCUGUGGAUCGAAACCGAUGGCACCAGAGGACAACACGACCGCGUUCCAGGUACCUUGGCGCUUCUCUCCGGUGCCUUAACGGGGAUGAGUUAUUACACAACACUCGGCGAUCGCGGUGGGAAGUCUCGGGCGCGAGCCAUCAUCAACCAGCAGGUCGAGGAAAUGCAAAAGAAUCCAAAGCAGCGGGCUCAUAUUGAAAGCCAUCUCUUCAGGUACUCGAGAAAGGGCCAUGACGCUGAUUCCAUGCACGAUAUAAAUCAGAAAACUGAGGAAAUGUUGGAGAAUGAAGAGCGUGCAGAUGUCGGCGACAGCAAGGCCGUUAGUGUCACCAAAAAACGCAACGACGGCGAAGUUUCUGGCAGUCGUCGGAGCUUUUCAGACGAUGAAUUUGGCGAGUUCGAGGCUGAAACACACCACUCUAUUAGUGUAGGAGGUCUGUUAUUGCAGGACGCAGGAGAUGAAGAGCAGAUUACUGCCAGCGAUGCUGAUACCGGAUCGGAUAACGAGAUUCGCCAUAUGGUAACGACGACAUUUGACUCCACCAAACCAUCAGACACUCAUGACCAUAAGGACCUUACGCGGGCCCGGAGCGCUGGCGCAAGCGACCCGGUGAGCUCCGAAAGCAGUGAGCACACUCCUGGAACUGGUUCCACUGGAUCACCAGACGACAGCACAGCGUCCACACAGGGCUAUGGCGAUUCUGGCGCACCCACUUCGUCCGAGGAUAACGACACUGUUUCAGCACCAGAUGAUGACCAUGGUGGAGACGAAGGCUCCCAAUAUAUUUCUUCGGAGUCAGACAGCAGCGAUAACAUGGAAAGCGAAUCCGGGAGCGCGAGCGAUCGUGGGAGCGAAAGUGAAAGUGAAAGUGAAAGUGAAAGUGAAGGGGAGGACGAGAGCGAGAACGAAAGUGAGGCCGAGGCCGAGGAAGAGCAUGAAGCGCUGAAGUAUCAAAUACCAAACGAGUCCCUCUACGAAGCCAUGAACGCUUCUCCAACACUAUCCAAAGCCUUUUACAGUCAUAGCUUGUAUCGCGGACCGGAUGACGAAAAAGUCCUUGUCCAUUACUGCAGGAACAAGAAGGUGUCAGAGGACGCUCUCAAGCACUUCGUCAACGAGCCGGUUCUCGGCUUCGAUAUCGAGUGGAAACCAAACGCAUUUCCGACAGCCGGCGCGCGAGACAACGCGUCGCUGAUCCAGCUCGCCAGCGAGACACGCGUUGGACUUUUCCACAUCAGCCUCUGGGCCAGUACAAAGGACAAGGACCACGAUCUGUUGCCCGCCUCUCUGAAGCAGAUAUUGGAGUCUGAUGCAACUGUAAAGGUGGGCGUGGCGAUCUCUGCUGACACGACGCGGCUGCGUAAGUAUCUGGGCAUCGAAGCCCGAGGUCUAAUUGAACUGAGUCACCUGCAUAAAAUCAUCACAUACUCCACCACGGACCCGGCACAGGUCAACAAGAAACUCGUGUCGCUGGCAAGUCAGGUCCAAGAGCACCUCCAACUGCCACUAGCCAAAGGCGCCGUGCGAGAGAGCGACUGGAGCAAACCGCUCAGCCACGAGCAAGCAGCAUACGCCGCUACGGAUGCGUAUGCCGGUCUGAGGCUCUUUGAUGUGUUGGAAAGGAAGAGGAAGGCGAUGAGACCGGCCCCGCCCCGCCCUGCGUUUGCAGAGUUGAAAUUGGCGAUCCAGCUUCCCAAGGGCGUAGUUGUGAUCAAGCCCGUCAAGCCGAGGACCACGAAGAAGGCAGUAGAGUCGGCAUCUACAGCGGUGGGCGAUGGAGAAGAAGGAGAUGGCGAAGACGCCGCCGACGAGCAAUACGAGACUGCCCCGGAGGACCAAGACGAGGAUCAAGCAGUGGCAUCUGCCACCAAACACAUGGACAAGCUCCACCUCUCUCCAGACAGCAUCGACUAUCCCGCCCUUCCCACGCCAUCCACCCACACCGACAGCACCACGGACCCAGAACCCCCCAGCUCCGCCGCCGACCACGACAACGACAACGAUAACGACAACAACACAACCCUCCUCCGCGCCACAGCCUGGCAACUCCAAUUCCGCAGCACCUCCCCCUCCUCCCCGUCCCCCACAAGCCUCCAAAUCUACUCUCUCUGGCACCACCAAAAACUGCCCCUCGCCACCAUUGCCGCCCUGUUGCCGAGUCGCCGCCGCAACAAUACCAACAUCACCAACAACACCUCCACAUCCACAUCCACAAACAGUAAUAGCACCACCACCACCACCACAAAGACCACCACAAAGCCCCUCGCCGAAAGCACGGUGAGCAAGCAUAUCCUCGACUGUCUGCUGUACGAGGAAGGGCUGGAGUGUGAUGGGCGGGUGGUGGACGUGUGGGGUAAGGUGCCGGCGUAUGUGCGUGCGGGGCGGUAUCGGGCGCUUGGGGAGAGGUUGAGGGGGAGUGGGUUUGGGGUUUGAUUGAUUGGGGCAGGGCAGUGCUUGAUGUUAUAUUUUGUUGGAGAUGUAUCCUACGGGUUUUGGGAUUUUUGUGUAUUUUGAGUGCGUGAGUUAGUGGUGGGUGGUAGCCUAACUUGUCUGUUACACGAAUCUCUACUCUACUUGGUCAGGUAACUGUCUGGAUGAAAAUCAAUCAUACUCUUCAAGAUUUAAAAUAUGAAUCAUCAUCUACAC